AUGUGCAAUACGUACGGUGACACGACGAGACCAUGUAGUGAUUUUCAAAUGUCUGAGACUUGGCACACCAGCGAUGCUUUUACUUUUUUUGUUAGCGAUGCAGCAGCACGGGUAAAGCGUCGUUGGGUACGCCAAUAUCGAUUCGGAAACAUAGAAUUUAGACAAAAGAAAAUCAUUGAACAAAUUGCUAAUGUCAAUUUAAAUGAUAAAAUACGAAAUGAUGCCAACCAAACCUCACACAACUUCAUAGAAAUCGUUUAUAACCUGGCCGCUGUUUUCCCCGAUAGAAUUUACAAUAAACACCUACUCCCAUCCACAAUUCAAAAUUUUACCCCUACAAAUUGUGAUAACGAACUGUCGUGUAUAUUUAACAGUCAGUGUGAUUGUUGUCUGGAUACAGCUUUCACCCGUCCAGUCACCUGUCUUGAAUAUUUUGCCGAUGGGAUAAAAAAUGAAAGAGCACCAAUGGUUGUGCAUGACUGUUCACAUUCUAUGUCCUUCUAUUCUACCAAAUUAUACCUUGUCCUACGACACCUUUGUAUAAAAGAUACCGGCACGUUUCAAUCAAUACCCGUUUAUUCUAAUAAUAUCACAUAUAAAAAUGUUUUCUGUUUCCUAUGCCAUACUAAAUUCACAAUAUCAGAUGAACAAAUAUUCAUGGAAGAUCACAAAAUCCUGCCACUAAAUAUUAUGUGUGAUAUUACAUUACCAUUGUUAUAUAUGACAAAUUUUUCUAAUAUUCUAAAAAUGGCCAAAUCAUUAAAAUGUGAUAUUAUUUUAGACAAAGAAAACGUUUCAUUGUGUUUCGAUUCAAGGCAUCACGAAAAUCCACGAUGCCUAUGGUCGUUACCUGACGAGGACGAGGGACGCAAUGAAAUCUGGUCAUGCAGCAGACAUACAAGAGUGAAUUCCUUUACAUGGAUUCAGAAAUACGCAUGGGACUUUUGUCCGGAAUGUCAACUAGAAAAACCAUUUCCUGUACAUGUCGAUCAGUGUUCACAUCCAAGAAGAAAAGAAGCCUGCAAUUUACUUCCAACAGUUAGAGGGCAUCCAUUAAUUUCACCGUACAAAAAUAUUUACUGUAAAGUUUGUUCUUCGAACUGUUCGGACUGUUUUGAUAGAGAAACGUAUUCAUUGCUUCAGACUUGUGAUUUAACUAGAGAAGGAAAAUAUGAACCCAUAACGGCUAGUUACAGAGACCUGUUUCGUCCGACUGUAAAAAUGCAAUUGAAUCAACGCAUAGACGGAACGUUAGAGGAGCCUAAAGAGUUGGGGUGUUAUCCGGGAAGAGUUUUAAUUGACGACAGAUGUGAACUUCUGCUUCCUGUCGCCGAGCACUUGAGCUACAUAGUAACCUUUCUCGCGGAUAUCAAAGUGACAUCUACAGAGAGUCCAUCUAUUUGGCUAGAACCGUUGAGAGAAUCAGCAAAAGCACAAAUUAAUGCCUAUUUAGGGAAGAAAAUUCGCAAUUAUUUCUUUCUUCCAUUCAAUAUUUUGGGAAAUCAUUCCACUGAUUUUUCAUGUUUUAUGCACAUGACAAUAAACUUUGCUGAUCCGUUCGACCGCGAUGAAGUGGAGAAACAUUUUACAACAAUGUCUGAGUCUAUACAUUUUUUUGGAGUUUUAUCUAAACAAACAAGAUAUGAAAUAAAAGGAAACCAUCUAAUCCCAACAAAGCGUGCCAUUGACCUAGCAUUAAAUGUUCAGAAAACCUGGUAUAAAGAUGAAUACAAUCAGUUCCUGGAAUAUAUACACAAUUAUUUCCGCCCUGCAGUUGUAACACUAGACGUUUUACAGGUAUCUCAUCUUUUAUUUUGCCGCCAUGAAAUAUUACCCACCAUUGCACAAACUGAAAAUUAUAAUGUUAACAAAUAUCAUUUAACCUUUAUUCCAACAAAAAAAUCUUACGGCAUCGGUGAGUUUGUUCUUUAUAUAGAUGGUAGAGUAGGAGUUUGUGAAGAGAAAAUAGUCUCAAAAUAUUUUAACUUUUCGGAUGAACGUCUUACCAUUUUGACCAUAGUGUGUAAUUUCUGUAGUGUAUUCUUUCUAUUCAUUCUUCUCUUUACUUACACACUAUUUGAUACAUUACGAACUUUACCUGGUUUAGUCUUAAUGAACGAUGUGAUUUCUUUGAUAUGUACACAAGUCAUCUUCACUAUGAUAAAUUUUUUGGAGACUGGUAGAUCAGCCUGUCGUAUCUUUGGAAUACUGCUGCAUUACUUUUGGCUUUCUCUUUCUUGCAGUCAAUUUACUUGUUGUUUACAUAUGUGUCGAGUAUUUGCGUUAUCCAAAGGAUUGCAAUUAUCCAAUUCUAAAAAAGCAUUUUACUAUUAUGUUGUUUUUACUUAUACAGUUCCAUUGUUGCUUGUUGCUGUAUCUAUCACAUCUAAUCUAUAUAGAAAUGGCAGUAUUGGGUAUGGAAUAAAUAUAUGCUUCGUAGAAGAUGCUUAUUCAAAUCUGUUAACAUUUGUUGUUCCUUUAGUUACAUCGUGUCUUGCUAACAUUGUAUUAUUUCUGACAACUCUUGGAGCCAUUUUCUGCAGAACAAAAGUUCAAAAGUCCAAAGAGGAUGCAUCUUAUCUUGUGAUUUCUCUUAAGUUGUUUUCAGUUACCGGUGGUAUUUUUGUUUUUACAAUAAUUGACACAUUCCUUCAACUAUCAGCCUUUUCUUUCUUUACAACUUUAUUAACCUCUCUGCAGGGAGUUUUUAUUUUCAUAAGCUUUUUUACAUCUCGCAACGUCUUUUCAAUGUUUAAAAAACAAUUGACAAGAAACAGAGAGAAUGCCUGAAUAAAACAAUUAGGAAAAGCCGCAGCUUAAAAAAGUUCCAAAUGCAAUGUUCUGUAAAAUAAUUGAUGAUUUGAAACUGCAAUAUUAUUUAUUCUUUAUCUGCAUCUUAACAUUUAAAUAAUACAAACGUUUUUAUAACAUGAAUUCAUUUAAAAUUUGUCAGAAAGCUUAAUGAUAUGGAGGAUGAAGGACAUAUCUGUGAAAAUACAUCAAGAAGGGUGGUUUCCGAAUUAAAUUUAAAUACUUUUUAAAAUAUCGUAAUGUUUGAAACUAUUUUACAUCAAUAAUUUUAUACAAAAUGAUUUCAGUUAUGGCAAACAUGCAUCAGUUGUACAUUCAUUACAAAUUUGGGUCCAUAAUUGAUGUAUUAUGAUAUUAUAUCAUUAUUAUCUCAUCGUUUAUUUCCGAUGACGUCAAAUACUGUCGUGAACUUGUGAUAAAUUAAUUGGCGACAUUGUUUAUAUAUUGGUAUCGGUGUGUAUGUUGGUGUCUAUGUAUGUUUUGUGAAAAUAAUGAGACUUAUUGUAAUAAACCUGAGAUAAAC